CUUGGAGUAAUUUCUAUUUUAGUUUAAUAUUCACCUUUAAUUUGCACCUUUUUACUUCACAUGAUAGUUUGAAGAUUUAAUUUAGAGUGUAUGCUAUCAACGUUUAGACUGAAAUGUUGCAUCUCACAACGGUUAAGAGCUGCGUCCUCCACACACAUCAGCUAUGAAUAUAUCCAGCCAGCAGAUGUCACUGUGGAGCAGAAGACAUUUGUUUACUGCAAAAGAGAAAACUACAGGAAGAAAUACAUCCCAGAGGUCAUCAUGUGGAGCAGCAGUUCCAAAAAAUAAAAAUAUUUUUAUUUUUAAUAUAUGAGCACAAUAAUUACCUUAUUUGUAUACGUUAAAGGGGUUCUAUUAAUCCAAUGUGUUUAUUAUUUUUAAUUAUUAGUUAUAAUUUUGAACCUCAUUUCCCAGCAUGCACUGAGCGGAGGUUAGAGGUUAUCUGUACAUGUGUAGUUAUCCACAACAACCGCAGACUCCUUUAAGAUUAAACCAGAACCUUGUACUCUGUCCUGUGUAACCUCUGCUAUCUUCCUUUCACUGCUGUCUGCUGGUCUGAGCGGUCACCCGUGAAUGAGCGACUCUGUGCGGAACCACAAUCCAGCUGGAAACAACCGCCCGGAACCGCUGGACUGCUGCGGAGGACUCAACAACGUCGAUUACUCCAAGAUGGACGUGAUGCUAAUGGAAGAACUCCUCAAACACAUUAACUUUCAUGACUCCAGCUUUUGUGUUGCUGUGAUUGCCAUCAUUUUCAACCCUUUCUUCUGGAAUGUGGUGGCGAGAUGGGAGUAUCGAACACAGCAGCUUUCCAAGCUUUUUGGCAGUCCUUACCUGGCCUGUUAUGCUCUGGGCUUCAUGAUCAUUCUGCUAAAUGUGUACCGCAGCCACAGUAUGACGGUAGCAAUGAGGGCCCAGGCCAGAUGGGAAGUUAUGGACAGGACAGAUGUUUUCUACAUUGGGAUAGCUCUCAUGGUGCUGGGGACUCUGCUGGUGGUCAGCAGUUUCCUCGCUCUGGGAUUCACUGGAACCUUUCUUGGCGACUACUUUGGCAUUUUGAUGGAUGAGAAGGUGACUGGUUUCCCCUUCAACGUCACAGAGAACCCGAUGUACUGGGGCAGCACUGCCAACUACCUCGGCCUGGCACUCAUUGGUGCCAGUCCUGUUGGUCUACUCCUGACUGCUACAGUUGCUAUGGCUUACAAGGUGGCGAUAAGAUUUGAGGGACCAUUCACUGAACAGAUCUAUCAGCAGAGGAGUCAGCGACGCAAGCAUGAAUAAUCGCCUCCCUCCGGGACACUUCCUCCUCUUGGUUUGGCCGAGGGAUUCCCAUCCUGUCAUGUGAACGGACACACUGAGCAACGGCUUCGGUCAUUAAUCGAUCUCCAGUAUGGAUACAAAGGAAGUGAUUGCACCGUUAAUUUAGCUUUUAUGAGUGGGAACGCUACUUGGAGCCUUUUUUCCAGUGUACUCUAAUUCUGGACCUCAUGACUGUGACUCCUGAGAAUGUCAAGUUCAAGGAAAAAGUGAUAUCUUUCAAGAUGAGAAUAUUGAUACCACAUCAGUACGUUAAAAGGAGAUUUCACCAGUUUAACACAUUAAAGUACAUUUACAGAUUUUAGAUAUUACCACAGCAUGUGUGACAAAGUUUUAAAAAAAAGAUCCUUCGUGGUUUUCGGGGGGGGGGGGUUAAUGUCUGAUGAAAUGCCUCAAGAAUUUGUGUCAGUUGUAGUUGAAGCUAAAGCCUACAAGUUUAAUCAAGAAAAAAGAAGUUUGAGUUCAAACAGAAGUGAACUUCGCAAACUUCUGUAGCCUGCCCAACAUCUGUGCUUGAAGCUAGAAGCUCAAGGCUACAUUAGCCGCUACUAGCUUAUAGGAAACUCUUUUAUGCAUGACAUAAAAAAGUCAAUAUCCCUGCUUCUUCUGAAAUUGACUAAACAGUGUUCUGAAUUUUGUAAUUGUAAGGAUAAAACUGGACAGUCCUCCUUUAAGUGUGGAGUUACAGCUAUAAGGUGAUUAGCUAAAGUUAGCAUAAAGGCUUGGCACAAGUUGAAACAGCUAACCAACACAUUUAAAGCUCACAAAGAUGUGUCACAUUUGUUUUGUCUACUCAUUAACAGUUAUAUGCCAAUGUAGAUGCUGCACAGACGUAAGUAGAAAUAAAAGAAGAAACAUUUUCUAGUCUUUAUGCUAAGCUUGGAUAACCACCUCACUGCUCCAGCUCCGUAGUCCACACACAUGAUAGUGGUAUCAAUCUGCUCAUUUUAAUCUCAGCAGGAACAUCAGUAAUAAUAUUGCUAAAAAUGUUGAGAUAUUUCUUAAAAGGUAUACCAAGCUAAAUUUCUAUUGCAUGUACAGUAAAAACACUGAGAUAUACUGAAAGCUUGCUUUUCAAAUUCAUGAAAUGCAGAGAAUUGCUGCCUGCUCAUGUCAGAGUGAAAGAUACACAACCCACUGUCAACCCAAGGCUACAUCCACACUAAUAAGGUUUAAAACUACAUUUUAAAAGGAAAAAAAUCUCUAAUAGUCCUAAGCUUUAUUUCAGAAAGAGUCUUUGUGCAUAAUUACAUACCUUAAAAGGCAUGUAUGAUCAUUUACAUAGGCGUGCAGGUACAAACAUGAAGCAGUGGUUUGUGUUAUGUCUUGCCUUUACUUGUGCUACAUAACAAUAAUGAGAUAAACUCCAGUCAGCCAAACUCAUUCUUUAUUUCUGCACCAACAUCUUAGUACAGCUUCACGUGGCUAUCCGGGCACAACAACAAACUCGUGUGCGCACCCAUAAUGCCCCUCGUCUCUUCUGCUAUGGUAGCUGACACAGUUCAAUACACAACAUCUCCUCCCCUCUUACAACAGAUGUCAUACUACAGAAACAACAGAAAAGUAGUUGACUCUGCAGCUCUCUGGCUGAACAUAAAAAUUUACCAUAACACAGCAUUUACACGUAAUCAACAUAAACACAUAGCUCAACUCAUAACUCCAAUAUUACCAUACAUCAGGUUUCCCUCUUUGUUUUUCUAAAACUGAACAUGAAACCUAACUAAGGGAUGAGGGUAGACUGCCUCGAUCCCUGAACUGAUCCCAAGGGGAUUAUUCUGCCCCUGCUGGGAUGGGUCAGUCACAGAUCUAACCUAAUAACUCAGGCGUGCAGGAGGACGCCGCUCUCUUGUGGGGUAUCUGCGCCCUGCAGGAACAUCAGUCUCAUUAGUCACUGGUGGUACAUUGUCUGUAUGGUCUGACAAUGAGAUAGGUGUCUCUGUUCCACCUGCACAGGGGCGGUUUUAGACUUUCAGCUCUAGUGGUGCUUAGCACUUGGUUGGGCGGGGGGCGCACAUCUGACUAAUGUUAAGCAACGGCUCACCCAGCUCUUCUGCAUUCAUAACAGAGCUCAGUCAUUCUCUUAGAUACUAUUCGUUGGUUCAAGAAACAGUCAAAAUAGUCCUUCUCAAACUGCUGACCGUUUGAAGUCUGAUUUUCAAAAUAUGUCUGCUAGCAAUUGAGUUAACGCCACAAAAUAAACAUUUGAACACAUGCAGUAACGUCGCUCGUGUUCUGUGCUUUGCCUCCCAAACCUUACCUGAAGCUUUUGCUGGAGUUUUCUUGGAAAAAAAUGCCCUAAUAUCCACUGUGACGGUCGGCCUACAAACAACACAUUGAUAAAACAAUGAUAUGGCACCAGUGUGAAAUUACAAUAGCCUUUUUUCACCUUCAUGUUUGGCAUGCCAUAAGCAUUGCUUGCUUCAUUUUGUGAUUUGCGAGGCUAAACGAGUAAAAUUCGCUAGCUAGAAGGCUAGCUAGAAGGCAAGCUAGCUAGCUGGAUUGUUUGUUUAGACAACUCAGGCUUAUAAAUGCAGAUUUCAUGGACAAACUUUUGAGUUCAUUUCAGGGUAUAAAUACCAAGUAAAUGUUGCAGUCGCCUGCAGUUGCUGGCUCUGUUGGCUAGCCUGUCAAUCUCUCUGCCCAAUCCAUCACACGCACAUGGGUGGGAGCAGCAUUCAGCGCAGCGGCAGAGUAGAGGGGAACUUGCGCUCUCUUAAUGGAUCAAACCAUUAUCCUAAAGGAGGGGAGGGUCAAAUUAGGGAGAACUUUGGCAGAUUUUACAUUUGGUUUGAAACGGUAAAAUAAAUAACACUGUUAAUAAUUAUUUCAGCAUUUUUUAUAAACAUAAAUAAAUAACGCCCAAUAAUUCUAGGGGUGCUUAAAAAAAAUUAAGGGGUGCUCAAGCACCCCUGAAAAUGGUCUAGCUCCGCCCCUGCACCUGCAGUCUCAUUCCGAACAGGAAUAGUUGUCUCUGGGACAGUAGAAUGUGGCACCUGUGUGGAAAGGAGAAUUGGCGUGCUGACAAGUGCACCUGGAGAACCCCCAGAGAACAGCUCCGAUGACACUGGUGGAGUCUGCAGAAGUUGAUCGGCGUGACGUCGCCAGACACUGUCCUUUGUCUGAACGGUGUAGGAAACCGGUCCUGUCUGUGCAAUAACAGUUGCAGGAACCCACUUAGGUUCUCCACUGUAGUUCCUUGCUAACAGUCAGUCUCUCUUGGUGUGAAGGUUCGGUCUUUGGCAUGUUGUUCUCUGCGCUGUAUCUGUUUCUCUUGUUGUACUUGCUUCCAAUGUCCUUCACCGCAGUAGGCUUCAAGGUUCCUCUUCAGCAUCAGGUUAGCAGGAGAUGUCUUUGUGGUGGCACGUGGAGUGUUAUGAUAGUUCAACAGAAAGUUGUGCAGUCUUUGAUGUAACGUCCCUUCUUUGUGAUGUUUUCAGUGCAUGUUUUAAAGUUUGAAUAAACCUUUCAGCAAGGCCGUUGGUUGCAGGAUGGUAGGGAGCUGAGGUGAUGUGUUGCACUCCAUUGGCUUGUAGAAAUGCAGACAUUUCCUGAGAGACAAGUUGGGGUCCAUUAUCAGAAACCAACUGAGUAGGAGACCCAAAACGACUGAACAUUUCACCUAGCUUUUUGAUGUCUUCUCUGUGGUUGUUGAUCUCAUUAUGGCCACUUCAGGCCAUUUACUGUGUGCAUCAACAGCCACCAGAAACAUUCUGUUCUCCAAUGGUCCUGCAAAGUCAAUGUGCACACGAUGCCAAGGUUCUUGUGGGAACUCCCACGGAUGAAAGGGAGUUAGUGGUGGAUUAUUUCUGACUUUGUGGCAAGAUGGACAGGUUGCAGCCAUUUCUUUCAUUUUAACUAUUCCACUGUGACCUGCAUGUAGCUGCUGCAACACUUUUGCACGAAGUGACAGCGGAAUGAUAACCCGCUUUUCCUACAGCAAACACUCAGACUGGACAGAAAUUUCCAACCUCCUCCCAAGGUAAGGCUUCAGAUGCAUGUCAUCACCAGCAGGUUGACCUUUGACAACAUGUCCAUGACUUUUGACAAUUGUGAAUCAUUGAGAGUCUUUUUCUUGGUCUGCACAGCUGAAACAGGUGCUUUUGUCACCUCACUGAAGUAGAAUAUGUCCACAGUGUUUGACUCAGGCUUGUUGACAGGAAGCGGCAGUCUGGAUAAACCAUCCGCGUUGCAAUGGGAGCCUGAUUUGCGAUACUUGAUAUCAUAUGAAUGUGCAGACAACAACAAAGCCCAUCUCUGCAGUCUUGAUGCAGCCAGAGAUGGUAUCCCUGUAUGUGGUCCAAGGAUGGUUGUGAGAGGUCGGUGGUCAGUUAGGAGCGUGAACUUCCUCCCAUACAAGUACUGAUGAAAUUUUCUGACUCCAAAAACAAUGCUCAAUGCCUCUCUCUCCAACUGAGCAUAGUUAGUCUCUGCCUUGUUCAAUGUUCUUGAUGCGAACGCAAUUGGCCUUUCUUCGCCAUUUGGCAGGAUGUGUGAAAUAACAGCUCCCACUCCAUAUGGAGAUGCGUCGCAGGCCAGCUGAAGUGGAAGUGCAGGAUUAAAGUGAAUCAGAACCUCUGAUGUGGUCAACACACUCUUAGCCUUCUGAAAAGCAUCCUGACAGUUUGCUGUCCAUUUCCAUGUCUUAUCUUGGCGAAGCAGCUCAUGUAGCGGCUGUAGCAGUGAUGCCAAGUUGGGAAUAAAACGUCCGUAAUAGUUCAAUAAUCCUAAGAAGGAUCGUAGUUGGCUGACGUUCUGAGGUGGAGGUGCAUCCACAAUAGCUGCGAUUUUUGAUGGUGCAGUAUGGGGUCCCUUAGCAUCGAUCACAUGUCCAAGAUACUCUACAGAUGGUUUAAAGUACUCACAUUUGUCCUUGCGAACUCUGAAGCCAUAUUCUUUCAGCCUUUUAAAGGUAGCAUCCAAGUUGCGAAGAUGCUCCUCAUCGUUUGCUCCUGUGCAAAGUAUAUCAUCAAGGUAGCAUUGCACUCAUGGCAAGCCACUGAGGAUCUGAUCCAUUGCCCGCUGAAACAUUGCCGGGGCAGAGGUGAUGCCAAAAGGCAAUCUGCAGUACCUGAAAAGUCCUUUAUGAGUGUUUAUAGUCAACAUUUCACGUGACUGCUCCUCCACAUGCAUUUGCAGGUAAGCUUGGCUGAGAUCUAUUUUGCUAAAUUUUUCUCCUCCACUCAGUCCUGCAAAUAAGUCAUCAAUCAGGGGAAGGGGAUACUGCUCUACUGUUAGAACAGGAUUAAGGGUCAUCUUAAAGUCCCCACAGGUCCCGAUACCACCAUCCUUUUUUGGCACUGGAACAAUGGGUGUGGCCCACUCACUUGUUGUCACAGACUCUAAAACCCCGUUCUUGACCAUGGCAUCCAGAUCAGCUUCCACCUUUGGUCUAAUAGCAUAUGGUACUGGUCUCGCCUUCAAAAACACAGGUUUGCUUCCAGGUUUUACAUAUAACUUCACUAUGAUAUCUUUCAUGCUGCCUAAUUCCUCACGAAAGACCUCUUCAUGUAUUUCCAGUAUCCCUGCAGUUGAGUGGAGCUGGGUGAUAGCUUCCUCACUUCUUGCCAGUUAAGGUGGAUUUUUUUUUAGCCACAGACGCCCCAUUAUGGCGGCAUAGUUUUUGUUGGUGACAUAAGCUGGAAGUCUCACAGUUUGGUUGUUGCACUGUACCAGUACAUCUGUCAUUCCUUUCAUGUGCACUGGGUGUCCCGUGUAUGCUCUGAAGGUUGUGUCGGAGGGACACAGUGGAAGAUAUUUCAUACAUCUUCUGUAUAUCUUGUAAGACUGUAUGUAUAGUUAGAUGGAUAAGACCGAAAUUUGGGGUCGAUAGUUCACUUUUUCAGGAAAGCACCAAAUUUGGUACAGACAUAGUAUAUGACCAUACAAUUGAUUUAAGAGGAGUACCCCAAAAAUCUAAGCCCCCUGGUGGCCGCCAUCUUGAAUUCAAAUAUGGCCGCCUUGCUAAACCUAUUUAUGUAAUAUCUCCCUUAAUACGGCAGAUACAAAGUUACUUUCAAGAUCUACCCCCAUUGUUUAAGGGUCUGCAGAGUCAAUAAAGCCAUUUAUAACAGUGUUAUAUAUAACAGCCACCAGGGGGCUUAGAUUUUUGGGGUACUCCUCUUAAAUCAAUUGUAUGGUCUUAUACCAUGUCUGUACCAAAUUUGGUUCUUUCCUGAAAAAGUGUUCUUACAAAGUAUGUACUGUCCUGCAGUUUGCAUAUAACUGGGACAUACAAAUAUGUCAUAAUAUUACACUAUAAACUAUGAUCGCCAUGCUCUUGUAUCCACUGUAUAGUCGGUUUUGAGAAAUGUGUUGUAAUCUGUCAAUGUGCACUCGAUGGCUGAAGCUUGUUUAUAGUUUGACAAGACACUGAGAACCGUGACGUAACUGUGCUGAGGAUUGAGCAUAAGCAUACUGCAAAAUCUGACCUGAUGAGUAGGGUCUGGUAUUUUUGGGACACAGUAAAUCUUUUGUGGCAUACUAUGUAGUGCUGUAGUAUAAAGACUAAUUGUCUUUGUUUUUUUCUGGAAAAUUAUGAUUUGAUAAGAGUGUGAUAAUCAGGGAAUGAGUGUAGUGACAGUUAAGCCCCUCAGCAAAGCAAACACGGUCGUCUGCAUCAUUGUUUUUCAAAACCUCAAUCUCUGCUCAUUCAGACUAACACACAAUCCUGGAGUUCUCAAACUAAAAUGGGGUUUCCGAAAGUAUAGGUUUUUCGGGCUUAUAAAAUGCAGCAAAAGUGUGGACACCAAACAUACAUGUACCAGAUGUUAUAGUCUUGAAAAUCCAAAACAUAUUACUGUGGAUGUAGCCUUAUUGCUGCAGCAGUCAUACAUAUCUACCUAGUCUUAAAGAAGUAAAAAUACAUUGUUUUUGCUCACCUGCGUGAUUUCCACAAAUACUUUGUCCACACUAAAAUAGAGACUCACAAUACUAGGAAACUCGCUGGUGCAAGAAUGUAUAUUAAGAGCACUCUGUUCCAUUUAGAUGAAAAAGUUAGUGAUACAAGGAAGCCAGUGCAGUGUGAAAGCAUUGGAAGUGAUACGCCUGGAUGGAAUGUAUUCAUAAUUAAUGUGAUUGAUUAGAGCUGUCUGCUGUGAAAAAGUCUCAUUGAUGUCAAUAGUUUUUCAAAUGUUGUGCUCCAUUUUAGUGUUUUCUCUUUUCCAUUUGCAUUACUGCAUUUUGACUGAUUCUUGGUAUACAGUGCUAAUUUUUUUUCUGUUUGAAAUUAGCAUAUUUCCCAAAGUGGUCCUCACUCAUUUAUUACUGCUGUAAGUUACUGAUUAAUCUCAGUGCUUGUAUUUUUUAAACACCCUUCAUGAUGACAACAUUUAUUGAAGAUAACUACCAGAUUUGAUGGUCUGUCUAUAAAAUAAAAUUGUCUGUGUAAGUAAUGUUUUCAGUGUUUAUCAAAGCAAAACAGAAGUUUGAAAGGUAUCACCUCAAGACAGCAAAUUUGUUUACACACAAAAUACAGUUUCUGAUCAUAUUCUGUGAAACUUGCACGAAUCUAAGAUAACAUUCAAAACUGUGAUUUUGUACACUUGUUUUUUUUAAUAUUUGAUAAUCAUUUUAAACAUCAGAGGAGGUGUACCAGUAAUGGCCUGGAAAUGUGCUUUUUGUUUAUAGAAUAUUUUUAUUUAAUAAAAGAAUGAGUCAGACUGAAA